CUAAUCCACAAGAAAUCGCACAUUUGAUUAUUAAAAUUAGUACUUAUAAAUUAAAUGGCUUCGAAUUAUUCCGUUGCGAACUUGCAGGUUUUUGAAUUCAAAACCCCCUCCAAAAAAUUUCUUUACUGCCUGAGCUAAAUGUGGUAUUGAUUUCCACGAUGAAUUGAUCUUCUGCGCUUCACUUCUUGAUGGACGUGUAUUGGUAGCAAAGCUAUGCUAGCAAGCCUCUCAAACCUACUCUCGAAGCAGCCCACACAAGCGAUCCCCACUGCUCAAUUUUUUUGGGUUUUCAGAAAUUUAAAUUCAUGGGCUGCGGCCAUAAGAAAGGCCUCGUCGUCUCAUGAAGCAUUGAAGAUUUAUACCCAGAUGCAACAGAAAAGAGUACCCUUUGAUAGCUUUUCUAUACUCUUUACUCUUAAAUCAUGCACAGUAUUGAGUAAUCUUCCUCUUGUACGCCAUUUUCACGCACACAUUGUUAAGAUAGGCUUUAGUUCCCAUGUUUAUGUAGCCACCUCGCUGCUGAAUGCGUAUGUCGUGGCCUGUUUUGAAGAUGCGUGUUACCUGUUUGAUGAAAUGCCUGAGAGAAAUAUUGUCACGUGGAAUACGAUGAUCACGGGCUAUUCACGUUAUGGGGAGUUGGGCAAAGCACGUGUAGUGUUUGAUCAAAUGCCGGCGAGGGAUCCUUCAUCAUGGUCAGCGGUUAUUUCUGGGUACAUGGGCAAUUGCCUUUGGGAUGAUGGUUUGGCCCUUUUUCGUGAAAUGGUGGUGACUGAAGGACUGAGGCCUGAUCAAGUGGUCAUUGGUUCAGUUUUACCAGGGUGUGGUCACAUGGGUUCGGUUGGUUUGGUGUUUGGCAAGUCAAUACAUGGAUUUGUGAUUAAGAAUAAGUGGGAACUGGAUGUGGAAUUAGGUACAUGUUUAGUUGAUAUGUAUGCAAAAUGUGGAUUCUUGAAGGAUGCCUGUUUGGUUUUUGAAAUGAUGACCUAUAGGAAUGUGGUGGCUUGGACAGCUUUAAUAUGUGGUUUUGCACAGCACGGUUGUGGAGCAGAUGUAUUCUUGAUAUUUCAGAGGAUGAGGGAAUGUGAUGUGAAGCCUAAUGAGUUGACUUUUACAGGGUUACUGAGUGCUUGUGCACAGGCAGGAUUGGUGGAAGAGGGUCGGGGAUACUUUAGAAUGAUUGAAGAGUAUGGGCUGAGGCCGAGAAUGCAACAUUACGGUUGCAUGGUUGAUUUAUUUGGAAAAGCAGGGUUGUUGGGUGAAGCUUAUGAGAUUAUAAGGGCAAUGCCAUCUGAGCCAAAUGUUGUUAUUUGGGGAUCAUUUUUGGCAUCUUGUAAGUUGCAUAAACAGUUUGAGAUGGCUGAGAGAGUAAUUGACCGGGUAAUGAGGACAGUUAGACCUGAGAAUGAUGGAGGUGUGUAUACUCUCAUUUCUGAUUUGUAUGUCUUGAAUGGUAACUGGGGUGAGGCUGAAAGGGUCAGAAGAUUGAUGCUGAACCAAAGCGUUAGAAAGGUUAGAGGAUCAAGUUUUAUCAGAAGUGGAACAAUCUGAAUUGCUAAACUCUUGUUUCCCAUCCAAGUAAACCGGCACCCUGGUGGUUGUAAAGUUUUACAAGGAAGAAGAAAAUUUUUUGAAAGUUCUUGAAGAAACGUAAGAUAAAUUCCUUUAUUAAUUAACAACAUUAAGGACAAAAAAUAAGAGAUUUCCGUAUGGGGAACUUCUAUUCUUUUUGCACAAGGAAUAAACACGGACACAUGCAGAUGCACACAAAACAUUCCCCACAGAAGUGUGAGGAAAUUGACAGAACAGUUGGGGGAAAAUUGCGCCACUUCUCCAGUCUUUCCAAUUGAUACUGACCUCGUCCCUGACGUCACACAUUUUGCUUGUUUCUCCAUCUGUAUGGCUUCCCGAAUAUAGCUACCUUCAACAAAAUUCCACAGAACAUUCUUCAAUAUUCAGUUUCAAUUGUUAAGCAUGGCUGUGUAGCUUGGACCACAGAUGAGAAUGAACACAUGCUAUGUUGCAGCAGCCAUGAACUUUUCCUGAGGCUCUUCCUGUCUAGCUUUAUGAUCUGGCCUCGCUUUCAUAAUGUUUUCUGCCUUACCAGAAAAUUGUAGUUACCAACACUGGGAUGGAGGUGAGGGCAUCACUAUGAGCCAUUCCAGAACUCCUUGCUGUACAAGUUUGCAAAAUUUUUAUAAAAUGUGCACGUAUGUUUAGCAAUCUUUGCAUGACUUUAGAUUGUACUGGUUAAAUGCUGUGUCAUAUGCAUAUGCGUGAGUUAGUGUUCCCCAUUUUUGUAGCACUCUUCUGUCUCUCUGGUUCAUGAAGCCAAGAUCUCCUGUUUAUUUGUAAUAGACUUUCUUCUAUUUCGUUGGAUAUUGCUCGUGAUGACAUGUACAGUAUGAUAUACCACAUGCUAUUAAAUGGUGUCCUUCCUGAGUCUAUGUUAUUGUACGUAAUUGCCUACUACAAUGUAGGUUUCUGACUCUAUACCCGUCCAUAUGAUCCCGAAAAUGCAGAAACCAACGGUGCCAACUAAGCUACCAAAUGGGUAAUUGGCCAGGAGAAGGCUAAGGAUUGUGUUAAAAGGUCAUUGUAAGUCGUAUAUUAGAUUCAUCUUGUACUUUACUUUGUAUACCUUAUGCUUGUUCUUUUCUAUGUAAAGAAAUUCCAUUAAAGGAAAAAGGCAUUGUUGGGACUGCCUUUUGUCUGUUUUCAUUCAUUAUUGGCUUUAAAUUUUGAGUUGGUAUCCUUUACGAGGUGUUUGCAAAAUUAUGUAUAGCAGUACAUAUUCUCAAAAUCAUACAACUUGAAUGGAAAUGAAGACUAGGUUAACCAA